AUGGAGGAAAGAAGACGAGCGACCUACAAAGUCAACAGGGACGUCCUGGACGAAGGCGAUCUGGAUGAGAUGGGAGAGAAGAGCGACACCAAACCAUCUCUGUGUGACAAAAUAAAAGACUCAGUGAGCUGUACAGGACCCAGGGUGAAGAACUGUAUGCUGGGGACGUUUCCUGUUGCAAAAUGGCUGCCUCGCUACGCUUUCAGAGAAGACGCUUUGGGUGACUUGGUGUCAGGAAUCAGUGUGGGCAUCAUGCAGCUCCCACAGGGUAUGGCCUAUGCACUGCUGGCAUCUGUUCCUCCGGUAUUUGGUCUUUACUCCUCCUUCUACCCAGUCCUCAUCUACUUCAUUUUUGGCACGUCGAAGCACAUCUCGAUCGGAACAUACGCAGUGAUGAGCGUAAUGAUAGGAGGGGUGGUCGACCGCCUGGCACCAGAUUCUAACUUUGAGAUCUGGGACAAUGUGACCAACUCCAGCAUCAUCGACAGCGUUUCCCGGGAUCAAGAGCGGGUCCGAAUAGCUGUUGUAGUCACUUUUGUAUCGGGCUUGUUUCAGAUUCUGCUUGGUUUGGUCCAGUUUGGUUUCGUGGUAACUUACCUGUCCGAACCCCUCGUCCGAGGCUACACAACGGGAGCUGCCGUACACGUCAUUGUUUCUCAGCUGAAAUAUGUCUUUGGUAUCCACCCAAAGAGAUACAGUGGACCCAUUUCCUUGAUUUAUACGGUGCUGGAGAUCUGCUAUCUCCUUCCACAAACAAAUAUCGGCACAUUGGUGGUCAGUAUCGUGUCCAUUGUGGCCCUCAUUCUUGCCAAGGAGCUCAAUGCAUACUUGAGUAAAAAGCUUCCUGUCCCCCUGCCCAUGGAGCUAUUUGCUGUAAUCAUAGCAACAGUUAUCUCUUGGCAAGUUAACCUGGAGGAGAGAUAUGGAGUGGAUGUAGUGGGAGACAUUCCCUCUGGUCUCCAGCCACCUGCUCUACCUGCUAUGUCCCUGUUUGGCCAGGUGAUUGGGGAUGCCUUUGCCCUCGCUGUUGUAGGUUAUGGCAUCGCUAUCUCCCUGGGACGAAUAUUUGCACUCAAAUAUGGCUACAAAGUGGACAGCAACCAGGAGCUAAUCGCCCUUGGCUUAAGCAAUUCAAUUGGAGGAAUAUUCCAGUGUUUCGCCAUCAGCUGCUCAAUGUCUCGCAGUUUGGUUCAGGAAAGCACCGGAGGAAAAACCCAGGUUGCUGGGGCUGUAUCGGCAGUGGUUAUCCUUUUCAUCACUCUCUGGAUUGGAUCUCUCUUUGAAGAUCUACCCAAGGCAGUGCUGGCUGCCAUCAUCUUCGUUAAUCUCCAUGGCAUGAUGAAGCAGUUCUUGGACAUCCCCGCUCUGUGGAAAAGCAAUAAAAUCGACAUGCUGGUCUGGGUGGCCACCUUCAUCUUGACCGUGCUGUUGAACCCUGACCUGGGACUAGCUGCUGCCAUCGCCUUCUCCAUGCUCACUGUCAUCUUCAGGACACAGCUACCCAAGUACUCUCUGUUAGGACAGGUGGCAGACACUGAUAUUUACAAGCCGGUGGAAGACUAUGAUAAGGCGAAGCAAGUGCCAGGAAUAUUAAUCUUCCGUUCCUCUGCCACCCUCUACUUUGCCAAUGCUGAGAUGUACCAAGAAGCUCUGGGAGAAAAGAGUGGCAUGGACAUCACUAAGAUCCUGUCGAUAAAGAAGAAACUGGCAGCCAAACGAAAGAGGCACGAAAAGAAACUGGCCAAGAAAGUGAAGAAAGAGCUCAAGAAGAAUAAAGCCGACAUGCAGGAGGAGCCAAAUUCAGAGCACCAGAAGGGCAUCGCCAUCAUUGACGUGGACAACGAUCCUGACCCCUUACUGCCAAGGGCCAUUAUCCUUGACCUGAGCCCUGUGAACUUCCUGGAUACAGUCGGGGUCAAGACAAUUAAAAGUAUUCGGCGAGACUACGGGGAGAUCGACAUUGAGGUUAUUUUAGCUUGCUGCCAAAGCGGUGUGGUGGAGAGCCUCCAGGCCGGGGGAUUCUUCAAUAGCAACGUGACAAAGUCCUGCCUCUUCAACUCCAUCCACGAUGCGGUCCUGUACUGUCAGUCUGCAAAAACAAAGAAUCAGUAUGAUGAAGAAUAUGAACAAGAGGAUUUGAAAGAAACAAAUUUCUGAGUCCUGAGAGAAGUGAUGAAGGAUGUUAUGGAGAAGUGACAGACACUCUGCAGGAGGAUUUUAUCCAGAGAGCUUCGGAAAAAUCUGGGACAUCCUCUUUUGGGAAACCUACUGAGAGAAAACUCUAAAGGGGAGAUUUUUAUUAUUUUUUUUCUACAAAAUGUGUUUGCUUGAAGUAAAUGUAUUCAGCAUCAAACUUACACAUUUUUGUCCAUGGGUGCUCACAUUUGAAAUAAGUGUUAUUUACUGUUCUGUAUGUUGUACAUAUAAUGUAUUGAUCAGAACGUCUGGACCAUAAUUUGUUUAUUGAUCAGAAAGUCUGGACCAUAAUUUGUUUAUUUCUUAAAUAUAUCUUUGUUUCUGCUUACGAGUACACUAACAUGUUGAUUUUUAAUCUCUAAAUAAAUAUUAGCAAACAUAUGUUAUUUUUAAAAGACCGCUAAUUUGCAUUAAUUACAGGCCAAAUAGGAAAAUCGGGCAACAUGAGAGAAGAAAUUCCCUCUCAGAGAGACGGAAAAUCUGCACAUUAUUCUAAUUAGAACAAUAUGAAACUGACAUGUGUUUCUGCACUUUGAGCUUUUUCAAAUGUUGUCACGUUACAGUCACAAGUUUCAAUUUAGCUUAUUGGAAAAUUUUAUGUGAUAGACCAACGCAAGUUGGCUUAUAAUUGUGCAGUGGAAUGAAAACGACACAUUGCUUUCAAUUUGUUCAGCUCUGCUUUUAAUGUUUCACAGCUUUUCUGAUGCAGUUUGUUUACUGAUGAUCUCUAAGAAGAAUCUGGUAGAAAACUUUUUAUUAAUUAGGUGACUUCUGAUGGGAAGUGGCUGCACAAGAAUCAGAAUAAAGAUUGGGGAAACAAAGACAUA